GUAGCGCGGUGCUGUCAGUGAGUGGAGCAGGCGGUGAAGGUUAACACAGUAGACAUCCAGAAAGUAACAGUUUUUUUACUUUUCAUACUUUCUGUCAGUAAAUUAGGAUGCAAUCAGUUGGGAAACUCAUGAAGGUUUUCGUGACGAGGCGCAUCCCGCAGGAGGGGAUGAAGAUCCUGUCAGCAGCUGGAGUGUGUGAGGUGUGUCUUUGGGACUCAGACGAGCCUGUGCCCAGGUCAGAGCUGCUUAAAGGUGUGCAGGGUGCUCACGGUCUCCUGUGUUUGCUGUCAGACAAGAUCGAUGUGGAGGUCCUGGAUGCUGCAGGGCCAAACCUGAAAGUAAUCAGCACCCUGUCUGUGGGAUUUGACCACAUGGCUCUUGAUGAAAUUAAAAAACGUGGCAUACGUGUCGGAUACACCCCAGAUGUGUUGACUGAUGCCACAGCAGAACUGACUGUGGCUUUGCUGCUGGCUACAGCUCGCAGGUUACCUGAAGGAGUGGAGGAGGUCAAGAAUGGUGGCUGGAGCUCCUGGAAACCACUCUGGCUGUGUGGUUACGGCCUCUCUGGCAGCACGGUGGGAGUCAUUGGACUGGGACGCAUUGGCAUGGCCAUCGCUCGCAGACUCAUGCCCUUUGGAGUGAAGAGACUCCUGUACGCUGGGAGAAGAGUCAAGCCAGAAGCUGCUGAGUUGAAUGGAGAGUUUGUUCCCCUGGACACACUUGUGUCUGAGAGCGACUUCAUAGUUGUUUCCUGCUCUCUGACACCAGAAACUCAGGGAAUGUGUGACAAGGCCUUCUUCAGCAACAUGAAAAACACUGCAGUCUUCGUCAACUCGAGCAGGGGGGCUGUGGUGAACCAGGAGGAUCUGUACGAGGCUUUGAAGAGCGGGCAGAUAGCUGCAGCUGGACUGGAUGUUACAACACCUGAGCCACUCCCAACAAACCACCCCCUUCUCACUCUCAAAAACUGUGUGGUGUUGCCACACAUCGGCAGUGCCACCUACUCCACAAGAGGCAUCAUGUCUGCCUUGACGGCCCGAAACCUGCUGGGCGGUUUACAGGGAACAGACAUGCCCAGUGAACUCACCUUCUAGAUCCUGAACCGAGCCGCUGUGCCUUCUGCCUGCUCUGGUGCUACCUGGAUAACGGAUCAUCUCCAAUGUGAAAUUAAAUGGGUGUUGGGAUAAAUACAUAUUAGACUGCAAACAAAACUGAGAAUGCUAACAUAAUUCAGACAUGCUCAGAUAGUGUUGACAUCAUAUAAUUUUAACCUUGAUGUUUUCUUUGACUCUGAUGUAGACAUUAGUUGCAUUUAUGAGUGCAAGGUUUUGCAAUUUCAGGGUUUUAUCACGUAAUGUCAAGUUCUUAAAAAGAAGAAGCUAACAACACUCCUUAAAAUUAUUACACAUAAAAAACACCAUACUUAUUCAGACUUAUAUGUAAGGUUGCUGUUGAAUUGCAUUGAAUUUAUGUGUUGCAUUUAAAAUAACUUCCUCUCUUUCUAAGUCUCAGAGAGAUUACAGUGACACUUCUUGGUCAGCACUUUACACAAAUGCUAACACUCAUUACUCCAGAUUUGUAUGAAAUUGAAUAAAACUUGAUUUAGUUUAAAUGCAAAAGUCUGUGUGUGUGUUGUAGAAAUUGCUCUAAAAAUGGACAUAAAUGCAAAAAUAUAAAGUGGCAUCAUUUAUUCUCAUCACACUUAAAGAAGCAGUGAUAUAAACCAAGUUAUUGUGAAUAUUAUCAGUGCAUUUAUUCCUGUUAAAUUUCAUGGAGAGCAAACAACAGCAUGACUGAGAUUGAAUUUAAAAAAUCAUUAAAUAACUAAAGAUAUACAUCAGAAAUUGACUGCUGAAUUUUCUUUCAA